UCUACUCAUUUCAAAACAAACAUCAUGGCAUCAUCUCCUAUGUUGUUCUUCUUACUCUCCACCAUCUUCCUCUUCAUUUCACCUUCAUUCUCCUCUCCAACUCAAACUACAACUUGCCCCUCAGGCGACUCUUUCACGGCCGAGAGCCUCAUCAGAGGCCUUAACCUAUUCCCUAAAGGUUCCAUUAACAGAAUAGAGAGUAACACUCAUCUUGUCCCUGGAAAGAUUGUGAAGAAGAAGCUCACAUUCCCUUACAAUCUUGCUUCUUCUUCUUCUGGUACAUCUGUUCAAGAUCUUGCUCACCAUGCAGGGUACUAUCGCCUUCCUCGUUCCAAAGCGGCAAGGAUGUUCUACUUUUUCUUCGAAUCUCGGAAUAAGAAGGAAGACCCUGUUGUCAUAUGGUUGACCGGAGGACCAGGGUGCAGCAGUGAGCUUGCUUUAUUUUAUGAGAAUGGUCCUUUCCAAAUCACAAAGAACUUGUCUCUUGUUUGGAAUGAAUUUGGCUGGGACAAGGCAUCAAAUAUUCUAUUUGUAGACCAGCCUAUUGGGACAGGCUUUAGUUAUACUUCUGAUGAUGAUGACAUCCGCCAUGAUGAAGCAGGUGUUAGCAAUGAUCUCUAUGAUUUCUUGCAGGCAUUUUUCAAGGAGCACCCUCAAUUUGUCAAGAAUGAUUUCUACAUCACUGGAGAGUCGUAUGCUGGACACUACAUUCCAGCUCUUGCAUCAAGGGUUCACCAAGGCAACAAAGCAAAGGAAGGAAUAAUAAUCAAUCUCAAGGGUUUUGCUAUUGGUAACGGUUUGACCAAUCCGGAAAUUCAGUACCAAGCAUACACAGACUAUGCAUUAGACAGAGGACUGAUUAAAAAGUCUGAUUAUGAUAGUAUCAGCAAGUUGAUCCCAUCAUGCAAAGAUGCCAUAAAAAGCUGUGGUACUGAUGGUGGAGAUGCAUGUAUGACUUCAUUAUAUGAAUGCAAUGCCAUAUUCAGUCGGAUAAUGUCCAUCGCCGGCGACAUUAAUUACUAUGACAUUAGAAAGAAAUGCGAGGGAAAUCUGUGUUAUGACUUCUCCAAUGUAGAGACAUUCUUAAACGAGAAGACAGUUAGGGAUGCUUUAGGUGUUGGGGACUUGAACUUUGUUUCGUGCAGUAGCACAGUCUAUGAUGCUAUGAUGCAGGACUGGAUGAGAAAUCUCGAAGUUGGAAUCCCGGCUCUUCUUGAGGAUGGAAUCCAGGUUCUUGUAUAUGCUGGAGAAGAAGAUCUCAUAUGCAAUUGGCUUGGGAAUUCAAGGUGGGUUCAUGCAAUGGAGUGGUCAGGUCAAAAGGAGUUUGAAGCAGCUUCUACUGUCCCAUUUUUGGUAGAUGGCGCGGCAGCAGGGACUCUUAAAAGCCAUGGACCUCUUGCGUUCCUCAAGGUGAACGAAGCUGGGCACAUGGUUCCCAUGGAUCAACCAAAAGCUGCACUUCAGAUGCUAACAAACUGGAUGCAAGGGAAACUAGCACCGAAAAAGGGUGGGGCUAAUGUCUCUCCUAAAUGAUGGACUCAAAGCAAAAAUAACAAGGCAUAGCUUGUGAUCAUAUUAACUUGUGGGCAUGGCUCCAUGCAUAAUAUUUGGGAUUGUCUAGUUUCUACUACUAUCCCUGAAAUUGUGCACAAAUCUGUAUUUGAUUUUAUUAAUUUAGAAAUAAAUCUUUGAAUAAAUAUGUUAGUUCAGCAUGAUGCCAUGAUCCUCAGUGAAUGAUCUUUUCCUUUUCUCUUUUACUUUGUCAUGCCAUUAACUGGCACAAAUAUUAAAAAAAGAGGACUAAAAUCACACACAAACAAAGGCUGUAUAAUGAAAUAGAGAGUUUUCAGUAUGGAGACACCAUCCAAACAAGUAAACUAAAUGGAGCUAAUAUUUCUUUCUCAUGAAUCAUGGCUAACAUAGAAUGAAAAUAACUAACAUUUAUUUCCCACCUUCUUGUACCUUAAUUAUGCCACUGUAAAAUGAUUUUCACUUAAAAUUUUACACAAUAAAUUGUGACUAACUAGUAUGUGAUGAUGUGUAGUAUUCUCUUAAAACCUGAAUGAUGGGCUGAAAUGUAGAGCUCAAAGGUACAGCGGAUGCAAGCCUUAGAUGUCUAGCAUUGCCAUUGAGGGGCUUGGUUAGAGUCAUAGUGAACAUCUCUCCCUCCAGAAUCUCAUUUACAGUCACACC